CGCAGCUCUGCUCCUCACGGCAGCACCUUCACACCCCCCCUGAAGACACCGAGCUCCGAGCUGUAACCAAGAACCAGAGCGCCAUGGCCUCCUCCACUGCGGCGCUGCUCCUGCUGGGACUCCUCUGUGUUGGCUUCGCGUCAGCUGAGAUGGUGGUGGACUGCUGCCUGACGGUGGCCGAGAAGCCCUUGCCGCUCCAGAUCCUUCGGAGCUACACCAUCCAGGAGGCUGGGAAGGGGUGCAGCAUCAGCGCCACUGGGUUCGUCACAAAGCUCGGAAGGACGCUGUGCGUCUCCCACCCCAACAAUAAGUUGUGGGUGAGGAAUUACAUCAAAUACCUGGAUGAGAAAAGAGCCGGACGCCGCUGAAUCGGGCGCGGAGAGGAGAGGAUUCUGGGAAAAGGUGGCUGGAGGUGAAGAAGGGCCGACUCUGGACGGAGCGCAAAGAGAGACGACGAGGAUGAGGAUGUUCUGUAGAAGAUGUAAUUUAUGACGAGUCAUCGUUUGAGACUAAAUGCAGCGCUGUGUGUGUGUGUGUGUGUGUGUGUUUCCUUUCCUUUAGUGGAGUUGUUUCAUCUCCGUUAGAGAAAUAGAAGACAGAUUUGUUUAGAACUAACGGUGACUUCCUUUUUUUAUUAUAAUCAUAAAACUGUAAAGUAUUUCAGCAAAAUGUAUCAAAAUGAUCUUUGUUCUCAGACAGUUUGUUGUUUUAGAUUUUAAAAUAAAGUUUUGUAUUAUUUUUGAA